AUCUACUCUUAUCUGCUGGUCCGAAAUUCUUGCAAGUAUCAAUGCACAAUACAGAGGCCCAAUUGUAGUAUAAAUGCAGUGCCUCACUAGAUCGAGAAACACAUCCCACACAAUCACACAUCUUGCAACAAAAAAUGGGUGAAAUAAUACAUGGUAUUGUAAAGAGGCCAGUGUUCAAAUCCAAGAUGCAUAGCUUCUGAGAAUCAAGUGAGUAUCAAGUGUGAUCUUCUAACAUUUGGUAUCAGAGCUUGGUGGAUCCUGAAUCAUGUCAAGAGAUACUGGUGGUACUCACAAUGAUGAAGGGCAGUCACAAGAGAAAGGUGACAUCAUUGCACUCAAAUAUCCCAUGCUCACAAAAAGUAAUUAUGCUGCAUGGGCUAUUAAGAUGGAGGUUUACAUGAUGGCACAAGGAGUAUGGGAAGCCAUUGAAACUGAGGGUGUUGUUGAAACACGAAAGGAUAAAAUGGCUCUUGCAGUCAUAUACCAAGGUAUUAGUGAAGAUACCUUGCUUCAACUUGGUGCAAAGAGGACAGCAAAGGAGGCUUGGUCCAUGCUUAAAACAAUGAACCUGGGGGCUGAAAAAGUAAAGGAAGUAAGAACUCAGUCCUUAUGGAGAGAAUUUGAGGCAAUGAAAAUGUCUAAUGAAGAUAGUGUGGAUGACUAUGCUAGUAAACUACAGAUUGUAGUUACUAAGUUGAGGGGACUUGGAAAUGAAGUGAAGGAAGAAAAAAUUGUGAAGAAAUUACUCAGAUCAGCAUCACCCAAGUUCCUGCAGAUAGCAUCUACAAUUGAGGAGUUUGGAGACUUAAAAACCAAAACCAGUGAAGAGAUCAUUGGAUCACUCAAGGCACAUGAAGAAAGGUUUCAGAGUGUUGAAACAAAAACUGAAGAAACUGUCUUGCUAACCCAGGCAGAGUGGAAAGCAAGAGAGGAGAAACAUGCCAAGGAUGUCUCUAGGGAUUUCAGGAGUAAUAGAGGAGGACGUGGUAGAGGACGUGGAAGAGGCUACAACACUUCUCACAAAAGAGAAGAAGAGCCAAUGCAAAAGAGGAAAUUUGAUAAGUCUAAGAUCAAAUGCUAUAAUUGUGGAAAGAUGGGGCAUUUUGCCUCAGAAUGCACUACAGAAGAGAAAGAGGAUCAUGCUAAUUUCAUGAAGGAGGAGGAUUUUGAAGAACCUGCAUUGCUGAUGAUAGAGACAUGUGAGUUAAAUCAAACUCAACCUCUGCAAGAAAAUACACAUGAAUUAAAGAGAAAUGAGGCAAGCUGGUACUUGGAUACCGGUGCAAGCAACCAUAUGACUGGAGACAAAGGAUGUUUCACAAGUAUUGACUCUUCAGUAAAUGGAAAGGUAAGGUUUGGAGAUGGAUCUGUAAUAGAUAUACAUGGUUUAGGAUCAAUACUUUUCCAAUGCAAAAAUGGAGAGCAUUUGGUCCUAACAAAUGUAUACUAUAUACCUAAACUGAAGAGCAAUAUUAUUAGCCUUGGUCAACUUAGUGAGAAUGGGAGCCGGGUGGUUAUAGAAAAGGGAGUGAUGAGAGUCUAUGAUAGUCAUAGUAGGCUCAUCAUCAGAGUUGAGAGACAAAACAACAAGUUGUUCACUGUAAGACUGCAAAUUGCAGAGAAAAUCUGCUUGCUUAUGAACAUUGAAGACAAAUCCUGGCUUUGGCAUGCAAGAUUUGGGCACUUGAACUUUCAAGCACUCAAAAGACUCUCAACCUUCAAAAUGGUGGAAGGCCUGCCUGAGAUCAGUCAUGUAAAUCAAGUGUGUGAUGGUUGUGCUGUAGGGAAGAUGCACAGAACUACAUUUCCAAACAAGACCUCUUUCAGAGCAAAGAAAGCAUUGGAGUUGAUCCAUGGAGACCUGUGUGGGCCUAUCACACCCUCCACACAUGCAGGUAACAAGUAUUUCCUAUUACUUGUUGAUGAUUACUCUAGAUACAUGUGGAUUACUCUUCUGGCCUCAAAGAGUGAGGCAUUAGAGAAGUUCAAGAGAUUUAAGGCAUUGAUUGAAAAUGAAGUGGAGAUGAAAAUCAAGUGUCUUAGAACUGACAGAGGAGGGGAGUUUAACUCAUUUGAUUUUCAAGCUUACUGUGACCAUGAAGGAAUAAGAAGGCAUCUUACAGCUCCCUACUCUCCACAACAAAAUGGGGUUGUGGAGAGGAGAAAUCAGACUGUAAUCGAAAUGGCAAGGAGUAUAAUGAAAAGUAAAGAGGUUCCAGCAAAAUUCUGGGGGGAAGCAGUGAAAACCUCUGUGUAUGUUUUGAACAGGGCACCAACAAAAAGUGUAGAAGGGAUGACACCAUACCAGGCUUUGUAUGGCAAGAUUCCAAACAUUCAACACCUCAGAGUGUUUGGUUGUCUUGCUCAUGCUAAAACUGUCUCACCUCAUCUUACCAAGCUUGAUGAUAGAAGUGUGCAAACUGUCAUGCUUGGCUAUGAGGAUGGGUCUAAGGCAUACAGAUUGCUGGAACCAAUCAAAGAAAAAGUUAUAGUAAGUCGAGAUGUUUUAUUUGAAGAAAACAAGAAGUGGGUAUGGGAAGAUAAAUCAAGUAAUGGUCAGGAAGAUAGUCAAAACACGUUCACAGUGCACCUGAAAAAGAUCAGAACUAUAGCAGCUGAAGAGACUGAGGAAGAAGAGGAGAUGUCAUCUGAAGCAUCAUCUCAUGAUACUCCUAGGUCUCAUACAGGUUCUAGUGCUGCUAGUGAAGGGCAUCAGAAGUUCAGAUCUUUACAAGAAAUCUAUGAUGCUACAAGGGGAAUAGAAGAAGAAGCAGGGCUGUGUUUUCUGACUGAAGAAGAACCCACAUGCUAUGCUGAUGCAUGCAGAAACCAAGAUUGGAAGGAAGCAAUGGAACAAGAAAUUCAUUCAAUUCAGAAGAAUGGAACCUGGGUACUGACUGAUUUGCCACAAAACCAUAAGGCCAUUGGAUUGAAAUGGGUGUUCAAGCUCAAGAGGAAUCCAGAAGGGAAGGUAAUCAAGCAUAAGGCUAGACUAGUUGCUAAGGGGUAUGUACAGAAGUAUGGAGUUGAUUAUAAAGAAGUAUUUGCCCCAGUAGCAAGGUUAGAAACAAUCAGAACUUUGAUUGCAUAUUCAGCACUGAGGAGAUGGGACAUACAUCACAUGGAUGUAAAGACAGCUUUCUUAAAUGGGGAGCUAAAGGAGGAGGUUUAUGUCCUUCAACCAGAUGGUUUCAUUGACAAGAAGAGCCCAAAUAAAGUGUUAAAGCUGCACAAAGCACUUUAUGGAUUAAAACAGGCUCCAAGAGCAUGGAAUGAGAAGCUAGACAAGAGUCUACAAUCUCUGGAUUUUAGAAAGUGUGUGUUUGAGCAUGCAGUUUAUACCAAAAAACAUCAAGAUGAGGUUUUGAUUGUAGGGGUUUAUGUUGAUGACCUAAUUGUCACAGGAUCAAGUGUAGAGUCCAUUGAAAAAUUUAAGAAAGAGAUGAUGGCUGCGUUUGAAAUGAGUGACUUGGGACUACUAAGUCACUAUCUGGGAAUUGAGGUAAGGCAGGAUCCUGAGACUAUUACCCUAUGCCAAACAAGUUAUGCUCAGAAAAUACUUGAGAAAGCUGGUAUGGCUGAUUGCAAUCCAUGUGUACUUCCAAUGGAACCAAGGUGCAGGUUGAGUAGAUUUGAUGGGGAAUCACUUGUGGAUGCAACUCAGUAUAGAAGUAUUAUUGGAUGCCUCAGAUAUUUGGUCAAUACCAGGCCAGAUUUAACUUACUCAGUAGGUGUGGUUAGCAGGUACAUGGAAAGACCAACUGUGACACAUAUGAAUGUUGUCAAACAGAUUCUGAGAUAUGUGAAGGGAACCCUUGGAAUGGGGUGUGAGUACAAAAGGAGUAAGGAAGGCGCAAGUCUGAUAGGGUACUGUGAUAGUGAUCUUGCAGGAGAUACAGAUGAUAGGAAGAGUACGACGGGCAUUCUUUUCUUUCUUGGGAAAAGUCCAAUCACCUGGGUAUCACAAAAGCAAAAGGUGGUAGCAUUGUCAUCCUGUGAGGCAGAGUAUAUAGCAGCAACUGGAGCAGCAUGUCAAGGAAUAUGGCUCACUAAGCUAAUGGAAAGUCUGGAAGGGCAGGAUCAAGAAAGGCCAGUGUUAAAGGUUGACAAUAAAUCAGCAAUUUCUCUGGCAAAGAAUCCAGUUUAUCAUGGUAGAAGCAAGCAUAUAGACACCAAGAUCCAUUUUAUCCGUGAGUGUGUUCAACAUAAUGUUGUGGAGCUUGAGUACACAAGAACUGAGGACCAAUUAGCUGAUAUUUUAACCAAGCCUCUUGGAAAACAAAGGUUCUGUGAGCUGCGAGACAAAAUUGGGGUGAAAGUGGUACAGAAGUGAAGCCAAGUUUAAGGGGGAGAAUGUGGAAGUUAAACUUGUCCAAAUUCAGUUUAUUAUGUUUUCUUUGUGUGUGGGUACUUUAUUAUGUGUGUACUUUUAAGUUGUACGUGUGCAUACUGCACACUAGGUCCAUUAUCAUGAAAAGACUAAAAACAAGGGAGUGGGGGAGUUACUGGGUUCGUGUGUGUGGUAGUUAUCUUGCAUACGUAUUGUAAAUAUAUAUAGGGAGUGUGUGAAAGGGUUUUUUGUAUCCGAUGCUACUGGAUUUUUCCCUUUCAAAAGAUUAAUGCAAGGAAACACUUUGCUUAUUACUCAUCUCAUGCUUUCAUAUACACGGAUAAGUAGUAUGUUGUUUGCUUUGCAGAUGCAUAGCUUCUGAGAAUCAAGUGAGUAUCAAGUGUGAUCUUCUAACAGUUUACAGGUUAUCAAAUGGAGAAGACCCAACAAAAGCUAUAAAAUGAAUAUAGACGCAGCUUUUUCACCUGAUAUGGUUCAAGGAGGCGCUAUUCUGAGAACCCGAUCUGGAGAUUUCGUCCUCAUGAUGAUCUUCAAAAUCGAGGCAUUAUCCUGUGAAGAGGCGGAACUGAAAGUUAUGAUCCAAGCCGCGGAAAUGAUUAUGGAGGAAGGGUAUGAUGAUGUUCAGGUUGAAACGGAUGCUGUCCAUUCCAUUUCUACUCUGUUUAACGAUUUAGGAAAUACCACUGUCAUUCAGAAUUUCAGAAGGAAAGCAUUGGAUAGGGGAUUUUGUUUUACUCAUGUUUACAGGGAGGGUAAUAACCCGGUCCACUAUUUGGCAGCCCACAAGAUUCAUUCAGCCAAGGUCCGUUUUGAGAGGAUUGAUCUGUUACCUAAUACGAUUAAGAGUGCUUAUUAUGCUGAUCUCUUUAAUAUUCUUAGUUUACAUUUUUAAUUCAAUGUAUGUUAAUUUUGGGUCAGGUAUAGCCCCCCAAAAUUUCUUAAAUUUGCUCUUAUUCAUGCAUUUCUCAGAGGUGUGCCUCUGAAGAGAGGUUUUGGUAUAGUCCCCCUCUCUUUUUGUGCUUCAUUUCAUUUUUAAUAAAACUCUGGCAAAUGUUCCCC